AUGCUGAAACUCAGGGCCCUGGCCCGGAUCAACAGCUGGGGCAGCACGAGUGAAACAGAGACGCCCACCAAACCGGCAAAAAAACUGAAAAAGCGAAAGAACAGCAAGCAGCAGCUCUCGGACCAAACAAAGGACCAGCUCUAUUUCCAUCAGACUACAGGUUCUCCUGGACCUUUCACACCCUAUGCCAUUAACGAAGACACCUUGAUCGCGUCUAACAUCUGCAACGACAACUUUCGUGCCGCCUUCGCGAUACAAACGCUUAAACACGCCCAGGUCUUGACGGAUGAAGGACUGAUACAAGCGAACAUGAUCAACAACAACGACUUAGGCAUUCGCUUUGGCACCACAUUCGACUCCAACUCACAAAAGCGUCUGGUCAGCCUGCUCUACUGGUGGGACAGCGAAUGCACCAGACUACGGCCCCUGCUUGACGAGGAAGCCGAGCUCGAUCGAUUCAUCACCCGCUUUGAGGACAGUGGCGGCGAGGUCGCCGCGACGGCCGACGAUGAUCACGCCACAAGAGAGCGCCUUGACGAGCUAAGAUUUGCGAGGGAGACGGUCAGGAUGAGGAUUCGGCAGCUGCCGAGUGAGAGAUUAGAGGAUGUUGAGUCCCUCGAGCUUGGCCUUCCGUCGCGAAGGAGCACGUAUGGGUCUGAGUCCUAUGUUCUCGUGAGGGACGGAUCGCAGCGAGAAGAUGGGCGGGAGGAGGGCGAUGAGCCGCCUGCGUAUGAGCGGGAGCCAUCGCAGGAUGAGGACCAAUUUCAACAUCGGCAGGAUCCGCCGCCACCUUAUGCCAUCUCCCUCAACAAGAAAUUCUCUCAACACAAGACCGAAUCUCCCGCCAAAAUGACCAUCACAAUCAAUGGCCACGACUUCGGCGCCUCCAACAUCUCAGAAGAGGAGCUACGCUUGCUUGUCGACGCAGCGAAAGUCAACAAACGAGCCCUUCCCUUCACUGAGGCCAUCAGCCUGUCCAUUGGGGUAGUCCGCAAGACUGACAUUCAUCCCGCAAUUCGAUCCCUGGCAAAUGCAGUCAUUCUUGCCGGGACACAAGUCCAUGACGGCGAAAAGUGCUCGGCGAUGGAGGAGCACCUCCGCCUUGUCAUGGAGUACGAGCAGGCUAUCACCGAUCCGGUGAAUGGAAUGCAAGAUCUCCUUUCAUACAUGUUGUUGGAGGGGUUUCAUACAUGUAAAAGUAUCAUUGAGGAGAGUCGAGCUGCUGGGAAAACUCGCUACGACAUGUGUCCGGUGACCGGGGCAAUUGAGGCUCUGAGGAAGAUUAUGCGGCAGCCCAUCUGUGUUGACAGCCUUCAACGGGAGUUACGUCAGAUGAACCGCGACAGAGAGGCAAUGGGUUUAGAAGCCGUUCACGGUGGCGGCCUCAUCGUCAAGGUUGAACGGAAGUGUAAAGCCUGCGCAGGCGUGGGCUGUCAUUGCGACACCAUCUAG